UCGAGUCUCUAACUGGCCGCACUUCUAACAAGUCGGCUCACUCGCCCACUCGCAUCUUUUUAAUUGGCUCGCGUCUGCCAGGUGGCUUGAAGGGAACAGGAAAAACUUGGGUCAACUUCUGGUGGUCCGUGUAGAGUCCUGGAGAGGGACCGGAACCUCGAGCAGGAUCAGGACCGGGGUCCAAUGGGGACGUCGUAGCAGCGGGAGCGAGUGAGUUAUGGAAAUGAGGCAUCGGUGACAUUUUAGGGGAACACACGAAUGAAUUGGAAGCUUCUCCUUUUUUUUGUCUCGCGUGGGAAUUUGAUCAUCUUCCCGUCUCGUUCGCGUCGGCGCUGCCGUGUCUGCGGAAUAAUGGGCUGCACGGUGAGUGCCGAGGACAAGGCGGCCGCUGAGAGGUCUAAAAUGAUCGACAAGAACCUGCGAGAAGAUGGAGAGAAGGCGGCCAGAGAAGUCAAACUGCUCCUUCUAGGUGCUGGGGAGUCUGGGAAAAGUACCAUCGUAAAGCAGAUGAAGAUCAUCCACGAGGACGGCUACUCGGAAGACGAGUGUAAGCAGUAUUGCGCUGUGGUUUACAGUAACACCAUUCAGUCCAUCAUGGCCAUCGUUAAAGCCAUGGUCAGCCUCAACAUUGACUACAGCAGCUCUGGCAGGCUGGACGACGCCCAGCAGCUCUUUGCUUUGUCCGCCGCUGCUGAGGAGCAAGGCAUCUUUCCUGACGACUUGGCCAACGUGAUCAAGCGAUUGUGGGCCGACGGCGGCAUCCAGAGCUGCUUUGCUCGCUCGCGAGAAUACCAGCUCAACGACUCGGCGGCAUAUUACCUGAACGACUUGGAGAGGAUCACCACAGCAGAUUACAUUCCCACACAGCAGGAUGUGUUGCGCACUCGUGUCAAAACUACUGGAAUUGUAGAAACUCACUUCACCUUCAAGGAGCUGCACUUCAAGAUGUUUGAUGUUGGAGGUCAGCGUUCCGAGAGGAAGAAGUGGAUUCACUGUUUCGAGGGAGUCACUGCCAUUAUCUUCUGCGUUGCGUUGAGUGCGUACGACCUAGUGCUGGCUGAGGAUGAGGAAAUGAAUCGCAUGCAUGAAAGCAUGAAGCUGUUUGACUCCAUCUGCAACAACAAGUGGUUCACCGAGACCUCCAUCAUCCUCUUCCUAAACAAAAAGGACCUCUUUGAGGACAAGAUUACGAGUAGCCCCCUCUCUAUCUGCUUCCCAGAGUACACAGGCGCCAACAAGUUUGAGGAGGCGGCGAGCUACAUUCAGAGCAAGUUUGAGGAGCUGAACAAGAAGAAGGACACCAAGGAGAUCUACACACACUUCACGUGUGCCACAGACACCAAAAACGUGCAGUUUGUCUUCGAUGCCGUCACAGACGUCAUCAUCAAAAACAACCUGAAAGACUGCGGCCUCUUCUGAAGAUGCAGCAUGAAGAUGAUGAUUAUGAUGAUGAUUUUCAUCAUAGAAACCGUUCAAGAUUACUGGAAAGACAAACGUUUGAACAUUUUUUGUCUGAACUUUGACCUGGAAUACUUUGUCACACAAACACACACACACGCACGCACACACCCCUUUAAUAAACAUUUUAGCUCAUUCCAUAAUGUUUAUUCAACAAAAGAAAAACAAUAAAAAAAACUUGUCAUCCA